GAUCAGACCAAUGAGAGAUCUUUGAGAACUCUGUAGAGUUCUAGAAAAUCUCAUCUAGUAGUUCAGAGUUGUUCUUCUAGUAGCAAAUCAGAAUUUCUUCAUUUUGUUAUAAUAUGAUUCAGAUGGAAAGUACCCGUUUCCUUAAGAAAUUUACUGAUCUGGUUCACUACGACAAAAUACAUAAUUCCAUUCCAUUCCUGGUAAUAACUAUCCUAGUGUUAUUGUCUUUAUCGAAUCUAUGCUUGGUAGUUAUAUACGAGGAGAAUAAUGUAGAAAAACGCUAUAGAGCGAUACAAUUUAUUGUCACUAUUAUAUGCAUGAUUAAAAGUACAUUAGAACGCAGUUUAAUACCUGAAAAUGAGAUGAAAAUGAUAGAAUUGAUCGAAGGAAGCCUCAUGGAUGAUUGCAUGAGAGUGAGAUUUGGAGAAACUAAUAAAUGGAAGAGGAUCUGUGAGAAUUAUGAGACAAAAAAAGAAUACAUGGAUAAACUUUUCAACAGAAUGUAUAUCAUCCUUAUGUUUGUAUAUGUGUCAAUAAUUGGAAGAAAUGUAUUGAAUGAAUUAUUGGGAGGAAAGUCAUAUGAAACAUCAUUCAAGGAUUGGCCAACACCUGUUGUAUACUGGUGUCCUCCAGGUUAUGAUAGUAUCAUUUUCUUUCUUAUCGUAGAGGUCAUACAGUGUGCAGUGAUGUAUGUCAUGUUAAUAGAAGGCUUUUGUCAAAAUUUCGCCACAUGUUUGGCAACAAAUAGAGUUCUCACUGAUUUCGAAACAAUUUACAUUCUACUUGAGAGCCUGAAUGAUGACUUCCCAGAAUCUGAGCUCGUAAAUGAUAAUUUCAGAAAAAAUCAAUACAUCCAGAAUGGCAGUCAAUUUGAGAAAAAUCUCAGAGUUGAUUUAGCAGUGUUAGUGAAAAGUCAUCAGACCUUAAACAGCAACUUCAAAACUUAUUCAGAUUAUUCAGCUUACGGGACUGUUGCAUUAACGUUUGUUAUUUAUUAUGACACUGUCAUCAGUAUCUACACUGUCAUGAAGGCUAAUAAUAUAAAGAUAAUGGUGAACUUUGCUGUGGCUUGUAUUUUCAUCAAUUUGAUCAUACUAUUCUGUUAUCACCAUGGACAGAAAAUUGUCAAUCAGAACGAUAGAUUCCGUCAAAGCCUGACUGAAGUUGCAUGGAUAGACAAGCCAAAGUGGUUCAGAAGUGCAUUGUGUAUCAUGAUGGGACGAGCUAACAUUGAUAAUGAGUUGAAGCCCUAUGGUGUCUACAUAUUGAACCAUGAGUCAUUUAAAAAUAUUAUAAAAGCCGCAUUUUCGUUUGGAAAUAUAAUCUAUUCUGUCAAAUCAAAUUCAGUGUAGGCCAGUAGACCUAAUAUGUUAUAUUGGAGUAGGCCGACAACAGAGAAAGUGAAGUUAUAAUAAAUGAUAAAUAUCUGAGAGAAUAUGUUGUCAUUUUUCCACAUUUGAUGUUUUGAAAAUAGAUAAAAUUAAACAUAUUAAAUAGAAAAAUGUUAA